AUGCAGCAGCAACAGCAGCAGCGGCGGUGUCUCUGUCCGCUCUCUUCCGUGUCCUCACCGAAGCCCCCUUCACGGACAGGGCAAGCCGAGGUGAACAACGACGGCGGUCGCGUGGACGGCAAGCACAAUGCCAGCGACAUGCACUGCUACGGCGCACCACGCGCUGAUGAAGAACACGUGAUACAGGCGAGCACGUACGCGCUCUGGGAGCAGCUCUACGCGCCAGCUAGAGUCCCCCUCACUGUAGAGCGCCUCUUGUACCUCCGCCUCUCCGCGAAGAGCAACGGCGAGAACAACGAGGAUCGUAGCCGCCAGUAUUGUGCCGAUGAUCUGCAGUGGGCUGGGUUGCUCUUCGGAGAAAUCGCCGCCCAGUCCGACGUCUCCGCUCCAUCAGUGCCGAUGGUGCCGUCGACUGCAUCGGCGAUGGCAAAGCCUCCCCAUGAAAGCUGCCAAAAUGAGAGGGAGGAAGAGCCGCAGCGGACCCGGAAAGGGGGCAUGCCCGACGGCGCAUCGAGCGUCGCUGCCAAACCCACCGAGCAAGGCGCCUCCGCAGAGGUGGAGCAGGUGCCAGUGCCGACCGCACUGCGCGCGCCAUGCGCCUUCUCCGACUCGUCGUUGGAUGUGCAUCCAGGUUGGAAGGCGGACGCCGCUGCACUAGUCCAGCUGCCGCCGCAGCUGAAGGAGCAGCAUCACCAAGAGUCGCUAGCGAACUCAACGAAGGCUGCGGAGCCGGCACAGCAGCACGUGGCACAGACCUGUACCAACGCUCAAUCGGCCAGUGGCGUGGGUGGCGGACAGGUCUCCAUACCGCGGAGAGCCGUCACACCCCUAUCUCACCCUGACACUGUCUCAGCGUCGACAUCUCUGCCCUCUCUGCUCUCAUCGGUGCCGCGCCCCUCUGACAGCAACCGAGGUGUCGACCAUGGCGGCGGCGGCGGCGGCACUGUUUUGUUGCUGCCCUGCCGAGGAUGUGCCAUGCCCGCCGCCUCGCCGCCUGACUGGGUGUUACCCUCCUCUACAUCGGUCAUCUCGUUCCCAUCCGCGUCGCCGGUGCCUGCAUCCGACGCCGCUGCGGUGGAGGACAGAAUUAAGAAAGCCACGGCGGCCCCCAUGAGCCUUGAGCGGGACGACAGCAAUGAUUGCGGCGACGGGAACGUGGAGGUCGAACCCCGUGACGACACAUGUUUGGUGGAAGCGGCAUCGGCCGCCCCGGCGCAGCACAUGCACACGCGAUCCACGCCCGUGGACGCCAUGAGAGCGGACGAGGAAGACAGGCGCGACGGUCCUGGUGGCGAUGGAGUCUGCAGUCCUCCGUUGGGGCAUUCCGCAUUCAGGGGCGGUGACGAGGAGGGCCGUGGCGCCGCUGAUGAUGAACAAGCACAUACAGUCGCACCACAGGAUGAGUCAGCGCAGACCCCCGGCGCAUGGGAAAUUGCCACCACCACUACCACACCCAGUCGACUUCACCACCAGUGCCACCACCGCAGCUCGCACGACACGGACCCGUGCACAGAAGGGUGCAGGCGUGACAACGAAGAGGGCGCAAAACACACAGGAGGCGGCGAAGAGGAAGACGACGAUGUAGGGUUUCUGUCCCUCACCACAUCUCCAUUAACUGGAGCUCCUGAGCAACGGCGCUCGUGUCCUGUAGGGGGCAGCUAUGCGAAGCUUCCGACGCCAUCGCCAGGGCAGAUUGGGAUGCUGGCGGGCACAAGGCCCGCCCUCCCCGUGUCAGCGCUGCUGUGUAGCCUCAAGAGAAAUGAAGAGGAUAGACGCCAGCUCGACUCGCCGACGCGCCACAGGAUUACCACCAAGGUGUCGACCUCGAUAAGCCCGGUCACGGACCUUGACGGACUCGUCCUCAGUCCACCGCGCCGGCAGCAGAUGCGGCUUCAGCUGCAGCGCUGUUGUCCUCGUCAGCCGAGUGAAGGGGGUGACAUGGAGUACUCCGACCUCACUUCAGUGCCUGAAUCGCAGUCGCCACCGCCUGCCUCCUCAGCCCCCUCUCUGACUAAUUUGGCGGACAGCGGUGCGGGUGCCACAGACGAGCUCCGCGCUGGGGGCCACGCAGCAGACGCUGCCGUGAUGCGCGAUUCGCCACGGCGGGAGACUCACGCAAACAACAAAAGAGAGGCAGCGGCGGCUACGGCGAAGGAAAACGACGCUGAGCCGUGGGACACCACAGCCCUGGAUUUGCCUGUGGAUGAGCCUUGCUCUGCAGAAGCUGAUGAAGACAACGGGGCCAGGUGUGAUGGAGGCCUGGUGGCAUCUGUCACCGUUAGAAUAAUGAACGAGCGUGUUCGCGGCGAUGACGAGAGCGAGGAAAGGGGUGUGGGGACGCCGGCGUCCAUGGUUUCUGUGCCGCGCCAGCCGCCUUCUCUCGCGCGGCCCGACGGCGGCGCAGAGCCGCAAGGUGUCCAUGAUGAAGGCCAUGCGGUGUGUGGGCCAUCAAGCGGAGCGAAGGCGGGGAGCAACGAUGGAGAAAGAGCGGCGCGUACGGCAAACGCUGUCCUUGUCUCCCCCUCCUCGACCUCGCCUUCACCACCCCAUGUGAACCACGAAUCAUUCUGGUCACCAAAGCAUAGUGAAGACCCACAGCAGCGACAUCAGCAGCUCUCUCUGCCCGAGGUCACGGCGGCACGGCGCUCAGUCUCCAGCAUGGACUUCCGGUGGGCUGACGAGGCCGAUAGUGUUUUGCGUCGGCAACAGCAGCGGCUACGCUCGCUGCAGGCAGUGAGGACCGCAACGCUUGCCGGCAGCGAUGUGCGUCGCAGCCCGAGUACAAACCGGUGCAGCCCAGGCGACGGCCCUCGGCACUACGUCCCGCUCUCUCAAGAUGGCGGGAGCGUCCAAGGCAGCCAGGAUGGGAACGGCGCAAGACGGGCACGGUUGUACGGAGGCUCAGAGACAUCGUACAGCGUCUCGCCUCAGCCACAGGAACCCAGAGCGUACAACUACUCCGAAAAGUUGGUGAUGAGAUCAGAAGCCACUAGGGUUGAAACAGUGGCGUCGCGCACUGACGGCAGCGGCAUCGCGACAGAGCUGAGGGAAGUCGCGUCCUCAUCACACCGUUCGGGCAAAAGCGAAGAGUUGGCGUGCCUCAGCAUCAGUCGCAGUGACGAGAGACUUGCGGCAGUAGCCGCAGCAACAGCGGUAGAUGACGCGUCAGUGCUGCGCACAGACCAACUGCUCCAACAACAGCAACAGCAGCCGUCGCCUCGCCACGCUGGUGUUAAGCGACAGCGCGAGAACCACGGCGGCAAUGACGACAGCAGCGACGCAGCGCGUGCUCGACACUCGCCGGCGCCGUCGUGUGUGCCAGUGUAUAACCAGACAACGAAAGAAAAGGGUGACUGCAGCGGUGACGGUCAGCCAGUCCAGCGCCGACACCGAGCUGACGAUCGCGUUCGUGGACGUCAGCGUCUGCGAGGGGACGUGGUUGUGACAACCACCACGAGGAUGAUUUCGAGCCCCUCACCGGCGAAUGUAUUCGCGCUUCCGCGUACCAUCACUGCGGAUCCUGCGGCACCCAUCGCCGCUCCGCCAUUCACCACCAUGACAACCCCCCUUGCAGGCCCGUCGCUUUCGCGGCUGCGUACGGUUACUGUGAACUCUGUCGACGCCCCUCCAGCUGCUCAGGCUCAGAAAACCGCGAAAGGAAAGCCCACUCGUGUUGGGGUUGCAUCAUCUGCAGUCAUUACUGCACCCCCGCUUUCACGCAAGAAUGCGAGCAGCAGAGCACACAAGAAUGCGCCACGUGCGGCGCGCCGUCCGCCUUCCCUCGUGGCCUUGAAGAAGCAGCGCGAAACAGAAUAA